CACCCCAAGCCAGUUUCCCAGUACCAGCUAUUCUGUUGUUUUAAGUCUCAAUUACUUAAUUACACUCCCUCAUAUUUUGAGUGAAUAUAGAAUUCCAACCAAUCAAAGUAAAGCACAGAAAACCAUGUUGAUGACAAAAAGGAGAGAGAAUUUGCUAGAUUCACAAUUCUAUGAUGGAUUCCGUGGACUGUAUUGAGUGUGACUGCCAAGUGAGGGCCAGACAGGAGGGACUUCAGUGUGACGGCUGUGAUCGCUGGCAGCACCGCACAUGCAACACAGGUAUUUCCCAGAGGAUCUACAAAGCUACAGUUAGAGGUGAACCAGAGGGUCUUCAAACAUGGUACUGCAACUAUUGUCCCCGCCCAGGAAUGGGACCAGCCACACCCACUGUGAGACAGGAACCAGCCACACCCACUGUGAGACAGGAACCAGCCACACCCACUGUGAGACAGGAACCAGCCACACCCACUGUGAGACAGGAACCAGCCACACCCAUAUUGAGGAAGGGACCAGCCACACCCACUGUGAGACAGGAACCAGUCCCUCCUACCCUGGCAGAGGGACCAGCCUUACCCACAUUGAUAAAGAAACCAGCCAGAUCCCCACGGAGGGAGGUACUAGACUCAUCACAGCUUGAGAGGUCACCUAUACGUGCACGCAGAUGUCCAAUGGAAAUAGAGAUCAGCUCAAGCUCAAGCUCAGAUGAGUCUGAUGAGACAGAGGUUGAGAGAGCACCAGUAUUCAGACCAUUGUUCCUGCCACUGUGUCCCCGCAAGUUCAGAUGGAAUCCGCGAGUCCCUGCCCCGGACGCAACCUUUAUUGUGGAACACAAGGACGACGUCCACAUGGCUGAUGACCGAUCCCCACGCCGUAUGGACAAAGCUUUCCUGGAAGAUGAUUCUGAAGACUCUGAAGACGACACAUUUUGGUUUCCUAGUAUGAGGUCAACCAACCUGUUCUUUGACGAAGAGACUCGGUAUGAAAUUAUAGAGAACGGCACCAGCUUCGGACACAGGAAACUGGUAUCCAGUGACGGAUAUUCCUAUACAGUCAAGAGGUCCUCAGCCAGAACUACCACCUGGAAGUGCAGUGUCCGAAACCGGAAGGUGCAAUGUUCAGCAAGCGUCAUCCAGCGAGGCCAGAGCUUCACCAGGGGCCUAAACGACCAUAUUCACUCCGGUAUACCCUGUCUGGCCAAGAGGCUAAAGGUCAUGAGCAAGGUGAAAACUCGGGCCAUGACUGACAGACACCUGUCUGCGGGAAACAUAGUGAAGGCUGUUUUACGGGAGGAGCCAAACACCUGUGGUCUACCACGUUCAAUGGCAGAGAACUUGAUCAGUAUCGUCAAACGCCAGAGGUCGAAGCUGAGCCUUCAGCACUGAUAUUAGAGUUUAGGAUAUUGAUACAGCCAGUGUGUGCUCUCUAAGUGUUGUUAAUGAUGAUUUAAAUAAGACACUUUCUCUGACUCUCUUCUGCAUAUUCUACAUAAACUGUUUAUAUUGCUAGCUGAUACAUGUAGUGCUAACAUUGUACUGUGACCACAUGUAUACUAUACAAAUCUAUUGUUAUAUCAUCUUGACAUAUGUACAGCUGCUGUGGACUAAAUUUCAUUAUAUAUCUAGAUCUAUAUUGUACAUUCAUUAAAUGUGUAAAAUUAAACCAAUAAAUGAUGUAAACAAGUAGAUCUGUUGAUGUUGAUUUUAUCCACAGUUUAAUUAACAAAACAUGUACACAAAGCACAUGUA